UGCUGUCAGCAUCCCUCAUUGUCGUUUAAAACUACUUGAGCAGGUGAUCAAGCAAAUCAAUAGAAACGAUGGCAGCAGGUUUGCAGGUGUUUGGUCAGCCAGCAUCUACUGAUGUUGCCAGGGUCCUGACAUGCCUCUUUGAGAAGAAUCUGGAAUUUGAACUUGUCCGCAUUGAUACAUUCAAGAGAGAGCACAAGCUUCCUGAGUUCAUUAAGCUGCGGGAUCCUAAUGGGCAAGUGACGUUCAAACAUGGUGACAAAACCCUUGUCGAUUCAAGGGCUAUAUGCCGGUACGUUUGCACACAGUUUCCAGAUGAGGGAAACAAGUCACUUUAUGGAACUGGAUCUCUAGAACGAGCAUCAAUAGAACAAUGGCUUCAAGCAGAAGCUCAGAACUUCAGCCCUCCCAGCUCGGCCCUCGUCUUCCAUCUCGCAUUUGCUCCCCAUCUGAACAUUCCCCAGGACAAUGCUGUCAUCGCAGAGAAUGAGAAGAAACUUCAGCAGGUCCUCAAUGUCUAUGAGGAUAUACUCUCCAAGAAUGAGUACCUGGCCGGCGACGAAUUCACCCUGGCUGACCUCUCUCACCUUCCAAAUUCACACUACAUUGUGAGCUCUGAGAGAGGGAGGAAGCUCUUCACCGGCAGGAAGAAUGUGGCGAGGUGGUACGACAAAAUCUCGAAGCGCGAGACAUGGCAGCAGGUGGUCAAGAUGCAGAUGGAGCAUCCGGGUGCAUUCGAGUAAUGGCUUCAUGCAUCUGCCGAGCUCCAUCUUGUCCGUCGCUGGCUGAUCGAUCUGGCUUCUGAUGUCCUGUGUUGUCAUCUUCCCUGCUGCUUUUAUGUCAGCAUAUUGUCGUGUGACCAAAAAUAAUAUGAAGCCUUGCUGUGAUGUAGCAUCACGUACUUCUUUAUUUCAGAGGUCGUUUGUUUUCAUGCUUCGUUUAGUCGUUAAAUAAAAUUGUUAAUC